AUGGACGCGAGUCGCGUGCAGCCCAUCAAGCUGGCUAGGGUAGCUAAAGUGCUGGGCAGGACUGGUUCACAGGGACAGUCCACGCAGGUGCAAGUGGAAUUUAUGGAUGACACCAGCCGCUCUACCAUCCGAAACGUCAAAGGCCCUGUUCGAGACGGUGAUGUGCUCGCCCUGUUAGAGUCAGAAAGAGAAGCUCGGAGGUUGCGCUGACCUUGCUGCUGGGUUCUGGAUAUCCACUCCUUAGCCCAUGGAAUGACCUGCAACUGUUA